GGCUCCUCUCGUCUAUGCUGUUACAGUUAUUUUCUUUUCUUUUUGUUAUUAGGCAUGCAUUAUUCGGAACCUUUUGUGUCUUGCUCUUCUUCUUUCGUGGCUUUAAAAGUUAAAAAGAGAUCACCGUGUGCAAGUGCCAUCUGGUGUACCACUGGUGCUCCAUUUUUGUCGUCUGUCAGCGAGGCACCAACCAAACCCUCCACUAGUGUGGUGUGUGCUUCAUCAUUCUCACGCCACAUUCUGCGAACCGGACCGGAUCUUGUUAGUGCUAGUGCAGCUACAAGUAGCACUGGCCAGCAGUUGCACUACUGCGCUAACACGACAGCAGCAGCAGCAAGGCGGCAAGAACAAUGGCAGUGGCUAGGACGACGAACAUGGCACGGUCACGCCUGCUCGUCCUCUCGCUGGCAGCGUUAGCCACCGUGCGCGUUGACGGCGCGGCCCCAGCGCCGGCGCCGUCCGUGGAUUGCACGGACGCGCUGGUGAGCCUGGCGGGGUGUCUGAGCUACGUGCAGGAGGGGAGCACGGUGACGACGCCCGACCCGUCGUGCUGCUCGGGGCUCAAGGACGUGGUGCGGAAGGAGGUGGCCUGCCUCUGCCAGGCGUUCCAGGGCGGCCAGGACUACGGCGUCACGCUCAACAUGACCAAGGCCCUGCAGCUGCCCGCCGCGUGCAAGGUCAAGACGCCCCCCUUCAGCAAGUGCCACAUUGCUGUUCCUGGUGAGGCGCCAGCUCCUGCUCCAUCCUCCGGGGCCCCAUUUUUCGGAGAGUCGCCGUCAUCGUCAACGCCGUCGGCAUCACCGGCGGGAACCGGUCCCGAUUCCACCACUCAGGCCGCUCCAGCUCCCUCCCCAUCUGGUUCUGACGCUGUCAGUUUCUCGGCAUCAACGUACGCCUUUGCCGCUGUAACUGCUGCCGCCACUCUGCUCGUGUACCGUGUCUUGUGAGCUGGGCUCACCUGCUAUGUUCAUCAGUUCAUGCACCCAUCAUACCUGCAUGUCUGACCCAGAUGAGAAGCAUCGUUGUUGCAUGUAGCCGCUUUACCGAGAUGUAUCUUGUUUGAUUUUACACUUUCUGAACGCGCAUUGUUCAUGGA